AUGAAUGAAGAAAAUACGGGGACUACAUAUCUGAAUAUGUCAUCAGAUACAUUUCAUGAAUUCGGAGUUCUUUUUGAUCGUAUACAACCAUAUUUAACCAGCCUUUGGGCUAUUUGUAUAGGAGCAUACAUAUUGUUCAGCAUAUCAACACGAAUUAAUGAUCGUAUUUUGAUGAAAAAGCUUGGUGCGAAACCAAUGCAGAUGAAUGCCCCCAAUUCAUUCUGGGGAAUACCUUUAAUGUUUAGACUCUUGAAGGCCAAAAGAGAAGGAACCAUGGUAGAUGUGACAAAGGAAAGAUACAAAGAACUCGGGGUCGAUACGUUUAACGUGAAUAUAGCAGGGACGCAUGCUGUAGUUACGCGGGAUCCAGAGAAUAUCAAAGCGAUUUUGGCUACGCAAUUCAAUGAUUUUGCUUUGGGGAAAAGACAUACUCAUUUCAAACCUUUAUUAGGAGAUGGUAUUUUCACAUUAGACGGAGCAGGAUGGAAGCACUCACGGACGAUGUUGAGACCGCAGUUUGCUCGGGAGAAAGUUGCGCAUGUAAAAGCGUUAGAGCCUCACUUACAGACACUUGCUAAACACAUCAUAAAUUCUAAGGGAGAAAGAUUCGAUAUCCAGCCGUUAUUUUUUAGAUUAACCAUUGACAGUGCUACGGAAUUUUUGUUUGGUGAAUCGGUGGAAAACUUACAUGAUGAGAGCGUUGGGCUUACUAGAGAUCCUGUUGACUUUGACGGUAAAUCUGGAUUUGCCGAUGCGUUUAAUACCUCUCAAACGUGGUUAGCCUCCAGGGCGGUGACUCAGAAUUUAUAUUUUCUUGUGGACGGUAGGAGCUUCAGGAGUUCGAAUGCUAAGGUUCAUAAGUUCGCUGACUACUACGUCCGGAAAGCUUUAGAAGCUUCUUCAGAAGAUUUAGAAAAAGCAUCGAGAGAUGGAUAUAUUUUCUUGUAUGAAUUAGUCAAACAAACUAGAGAUCCAGUUAUUUUAAGGGACCAAUUAUUGAACAUAUUGUUAGCAGGAAGAGAUACUACAGCCGGUUUAUUGUCAUUCACAUUUUUUGAAUUAGCACGCAACCAGGACGUCUAUGACAAAUUAAAAGAGGAAAUAUAUGAAAAGUUCGGAGAGGGAGAAGAUUCCAGAGUUGAUGAAAUUACAUUUGAAUCGUUGAAGAAAUGUGAAUUCUUAAAAUGCGUCUUGAAUGAAAUUUUGAGGAUGUAUCCGUCAGUUCCCCAAAAUUUCAGAUUCGCCAUUAGGAACACCACUUUACCGAAAGGAGGUGGCCCAGAUGGAAAAUCACCAAUUUUUGUUUCAAAGGGCAAAAAUCUCUUUUAUUCCAUGUAUUCUGCACACCGAAACCCAAAAUAUUAUGGAAAGGAUGCAGAAGAAUUCAGACCUUCGAGAUGGUUAGAACCAGAGAUAAGAAAAGUGGGUUGGGCAUUCUUACCAUUUAACGGUGGCCCAAGAAUUUGCUUAGGCCAGCAGUUCGCAUUAACAGGAGCUUCUUAUAUUGUUGUUAGGUUAAUACAAAUGUUCCCUAACUUGAGUAGUUUCUGUGAAGAAUAUCCUCCAAGAAAGAAUACCCAACUAACUAUGAGUCAUCAAAAUGGUGUUUACAUCGGCAUGUUCUAA